AUGUAUCAAGUUCAAGUACGCUCAUUCUCUGUUUUCCGAACAUUAAAGAAACACCAAGAAUUCGGUUCCACGAUAAAGGAAUAUAUCAAUAAUCCUGUUAAGCUAUUAGUGAUACCGAUAACAAAUAAAAAGUCAUAUUUUUAUUUCAAGUACUCUAAUGAGUUAUUGAAUAAUGAUUCAAGGUUAAUUAGGUAUGAGACUAAACUUGCGAACAAAGCUGCCAAAAUAUGGCAAAACAUGCAAGAGUCUGACAAAAGUUAUAACAAGAAGAUAGUUGCGUGGAUCACAAAGCUUUUAGAUAGGAUACCAUGGACUGAAAGCUCGUUACAGACAAUUCCAUCCGAAUCAUAUAUAUUGAAGCGGAUCGAGAGUGGGUCCAAGACUAAUGUGACUUUCCAUGAAUACGAAAGGGCAAAGAAUGAUAGUUCCGUCGUUUCAAUGAAACCGAAACCAAUCUGCGUGUACUUCCCUAAAAGUAUUUUAAAUGAGUCAACUAUAAAUAAACAGUUGAAAGAACUUGCGGAUGCAGGACAGCAAUACAAUAAAAAGUACGCAGCUCUUUGUGCUGUUGGAAUUCCUAUUACCUUCCCUUUAAUCCUUGUUCCAGUGGUACCAAACGUUCCGGGGUUUUACUUAGCCUACAGAUUAUACUGCAACGCCAAGGCAUAUUUCGGAGCGAAACAUCUGGAGUCAUUAAUAAAAAGCGAAGAUCAAACACUUGAAAUGAGAAAUUUAGUGCAAUAUUCAGACAUAUUACAAGGUGCUAAUAGUAUGCAGGCGAGAAACGAAAGAGAAGAAGUCGUUUUACUACGGGAGUCCGAUUUGGAUAGGAUUUUAGACAGUUUGGAGAUUCAUGAGAUAUCUACGGAUUUGAGAAAAGCGAUCCGUCAAGAGACAUCCCGCCUAGAGUGCCAGAGUAAGGACUAG